AGCAGAGAGCGGGAGAAAGAGUCCUCGCCCGCCCGCCAGGAGGCCCCGGAGCCGGCCUAUGGGGAGAGGACGCCCGGUGUCGGCCACCGCGACCGCCGCCGCCCGCGCCGCGCCGGGCCCGUGAAGCCCAGGGACCCCCUCUGGGAGAGCCCCAUGAGGGCAGGAGAGUGAUGGAGGGUCCGCCCAGCUUCCUGAAGGACAGCCCAGCCUGGGAGAAGACAGCCCCUGAGAACGGGAUCGCAGGACGGGAGCUAGACACCCCACCGCAAGAUGGCCUGCGCCCUGUGGCAAUGUGCCUGGGAGAGCCCGCUCCCUUCUGGAGGGGUGUCCUGAGCACCCCAGGCUCCUGGCUGCCCCCUGGCUUCCCGCAGAGCCCCAAGGACACGCUCCCACUGGUGGAGGGUGAAGGUCCCCGGAAUGGAGAGAGGAAGGCUGGCUGGCCAAGCAGCAAGGACGGGCUGCGCUGGAAGGAGGCGAUGCUUACCCAUCCACUGGCAUUCUGUGGGUCACCGUGCCCGCCUCGCUACAGCCCCCUGGUUCCUGAGCAUAAUGGUGGCCAUCCCAAGAGUGACCCUGUGGCCUUCCGGCCCUUGCACUGCCCCUUCCUUCUGGAGACCAAGAUCCUGGAGCGAGCUCCUUUCUGGAUGCCCACCUGCUUGCCACCCUACCUAGUGUCCAGCCUGCCCCCAGAGCAUCCAUGUGACUGGCCCUUGGCCCCACACCCCUGGGUGUACUCUGGGGGCCAGCCCAAAGUGCCCUCCACCUUCAGCUUAGGCAGCAAGGGCUUUUACCACAAGGAUCCAAGCAUACUCAGGCUGGCAAAGGACCCAUUGGCAACUGUGGAACCUGGGUUGCUGGGCUCAGCCCCUGGUGGACAUCUCCAGAGAACUGGGGAGGUGGAACACCCUUCUCUCCACCAGAGGGAUGGAGAGACAGGAGUUGGCAGGCAUCCGAAACUUUGCCCCCUUCUCCUGGGACAUCCAGACACUGUGCCCCGGACCCCAUGGCCCACUUGUUCCCCAGGCUUGGUUCAUACUCUUGGCAAUGUCUGGGCUGUCCCCGGAGGUGGGAGCCUUGGGUACCAGCUGGGGCCAUCAGCCACAACAAGGUGCCCGUCUCCUGGACCUCCUACCACCCAGGCAGGCUAUUGCUCAUCUCACCCACCAGCUAGAGAUGACCCUUGUGGGCAGUGCCAGGAAGACCUGGAGGGGGCCACCAGUGAGCCCAGUGAAUCCAGCGAGGAAGCCUGCAAGACUCCCGGUCCCAGGGCCUGCCCGCCCAGCUAUCACACCAAGCUGAAGAAGACGUGGCUCACUCGACACUCUGAGCAGUUUGGGUGCCCAGACAGCUGCCCUGGGGAGGAGGAGAGCCCGGCAGCCCAGCUGCGAGCCCGCAAGAGGUCAAGCAGCCCCGAGGUCCAGGGAACAGCGAGCAGCCCAGCUGCCAAGCGCCCGACCGGUCCUUUCCCGGGCAGUGUGGGGCAGGGGGCCAGAGGCCGGCAGGAAGUGCUGGACUCAUUAUUUGGGAACAAGGCGGAGACAGAACAGCGUGGUGACCACAGAGGAACCCGGGAUGAUGGGGCCAGCCUGCAGGCCCUGGGGCUCCAGGAAACACCUCGCGUGGCUCCUGUGGCAGGCAUCACUCAGUGCCAAGGCUGUGCCCAGGCAGCUGGUGAGACAGGUGGGCCAGCCUGCUACUCCCAGCCACUGUCCAGAUUGCCACUGGGAGAGGAGCAGCCACAGGAGGAAGACUUGGGAGCCAGCUCCGAGGAGGGAGGAGGGUCUGGCCUGGAGGCUGGGCUUAGUGUGGGCCUCGCCAAGCACCUGCUCAGCGCACUGGGAGACCGCCUGUGCCGUGUUCUGAGGAGGGAGCGGGAGGCCCUGGCCUGGGUGCACCAGGAAGCAGGCCAGGCACCAGUCGGGACUGAGGACGACCCAAGCCUUCCACGCUGCUGCAGCCACUGCCACCAUGGACUGUUCAAUACCCACUGGCGAUGCCCUCGCUGCAGCCACCGGCUGUGUGUGGCCUGUGGUCGCAUGGCAGGUGCUGGGAGGAUCAGGGAGAAAGCAGGCUCUCAGGGACAGUCCACGGAGAAGUGUGGCCAGGAAGUUGGGCACAGUGCCGGUUCCUUGAUGCUCACCCAGUUUGUCUCCAGUCAGGCUUUGGCAGAAUUAAGCGCUGCAAUGCACCAGGUCUGGGUCAAGUUUGACAUCCGGGGGCACUGCCCCUGCCAAGCUGAUGCCCGACUGUGGACCGCUGGGGAUGGGACCCCGCAGAAGGAGCUGACGGAGAAAACUCCCCCAACUCCACAACCUUCCUGCAACGGGGAAACCAACAGGACCAAGGACAUUAAAGAGGAGACCCCAGACUCCACAGAGACCCCAGCAGAAGACCGUGCCAGCCGAGGGCCCCUGCCUUGUCCCUCUCUGUGUGAACUGCUUGCCUCCACCGCUGUCAAACUCUGCCUGGGGCAUGAACGGAUACACAUGGCCUUUGCCCCUGUCACUCCGGCCCUGCCCAGCGAUGACCGCAUCACCAACAUCCUGGACAGCAUCAUCGCUCAGGUUGUGGAGCGGAAGAUCCAGGAGAAAGCCCUGGGGCCGGGCCUGCGGGCUGGGCCAGGGCUACGGGCCGGGCCAGGCCUGCGCAAGGGCCUGGGCCUGCCCCUCUCCCCCGUUCGGCCCCGGCUGCCUCCCCCUGGAGCUCUGCUGUGGCUGCAGGAGCCCAGGCCUCAGCGAGGCUUCCACCUCUUCCAGGAGCACUGGAGGCAGGGCCAGCCUGUGCUGGUGUCAGGAAUUCAGAAGACACUUCAGGCCCACCUGUGGGGGUCAGAAGCUCUCGGGGCGCUUGGAGGCCAGGUGCAGGCACUGACCCCCCUUGGGCCUCCCCAGCCCACCAGCCUGGGCAGCGCAACAUUCUGGGAGGGAUUCUCCCGGCCUGAGAGUCGCCCGAAGUCAGAUGAGGGCUCGGUGCUCCUACUGCACAGAGCUCUGGGGGAUGAGGACACCAGCAGGAUAGAGAACCUGGCUGCCAGCCUGCCCCUCCCAGAGUACUGUGCCCGCCAUGGGAAACUCAACCUGGCUUCCUACCUCCCUCCGGGCCCUGUCCUGCGUCCACUGGAGCCCCAGCUGUGGGCAGCCUAUGGUGUGAGCCCACACCGUGGGCACCUGGGGACCAAGAACCUCUGUGUGGAGGUGACCGACCUGGUCAGUGUCCUGGUACGUGCUGAAGCCCCCCUGCCCGCCUGGCGCCGGACACAGAAAGAUUUCCUCUCAGGCCUGGACGGGGAGGGGCUGUGGUCCCCAGGCAGCCAGGUCAGCACCGUGUGGCAUGUGUUCCGGGCACAGGACGCUCAGCGCAUCCGCCGCUUUCUCCAGAUGGUGUGCCCCACUGGGGCAGGAAACUUGGAGCCUGGUACCCCUGGCAGGUGCUACCUGGACGCAGGGCUGCGGCGGCGCCUGCGGGAGGAGUGGGGUGUGAGCUGCUGGACCCUGCUACAGGCCCCCGGAGAAGCCGUGCUGGUGCCCGCGGGGGCUCCCCACCAGGUGCAGGGCCUGGUAAGCACAGUGAGCGUCACUCAGCACUUCCUGUCCCCUGAGACCUCUGCCCUCUCUGCUCAGCUCUGCCACCAGGGGCCCAGCCUGCCCACUGACCACCGCCUGCUUUAUGCUCAGAUGGACUGGGCUGUGUUCCAAGCAGUGAAGGUGGCUGUGGGAACAUUGCAAGAGGCUAAAUAGGGGUGGGAGGUCCCAGGUGUCUGCGGUGGAGGUCAGGGGCAGGCACGGCUUCAGCAGAGAAUGGCACUGGGGAACUUGGGGACUUUGGGUCAAUUCCGCACUCUGGACACAAGCAGGCACCACGUUCCCUGCCCCUGACCUGAGCCCUGAUGCCAACAACCACAGUGCCACUGAAGCUUACACCUGCCCUUUGCAUACUGGCACCUGCUCUGCCCCUGAGCCCUUCUCCAAGGUACCAGACCCAGACUAGGGGGUGAUUGUCUCCUUCUAACCCCUGCCCCCAACCCAGCAGACAAACAGCCCUUCCCUGGGGGACCUCAGGCAUCAUUCUGGCUUAAGCGACACCUUCUGUUGCUGCUUCACCUCCUGCUGUCUCCUGUGCCUGAGCUCUGCUCAUACCACCCCCAUCUUCCCGGGCUCCCAGAGGCCCUUUGCCCUGCAGGUGUGCUAGACAAGGGGUCACUGACAUCCCGCCUUCCUGCCACAGAGCUGUGAAGUGUGGGGAGGGGACGGCCUCAGGUCACCAUCUAGGCUUGGCCGGAGGGGGCCGAUAUGGGCGAGGCCCCAUCCUUGCUCCCUCCUCUACCUCCUUCCUUCUGGAUUUCCAUUAAAGGCUGUUGUUUUGUGAAUGCUGCCUUGUGGUUGGCCCUGCUCCUGCAGGCCAUGUGGACGGGGAGGGAGGGGGACACCUGGAACUGGAGCAGGGUAGGAGGGGGCUGAAGCAGUGGUGACAGGGACCUCAGACACCCCUGCCUGCUCCUCUUAGGGUGCGGGGGGCACUGUGUCCCUCCCUCCCACAGAGGAGCAAAGGGGGGCUGACCUUGAGGAUGCUUCUGACAGCAGGCAAGGAGGAGGUCUCGGUCACAGCAGCAUGGCAUCUCCCUAUGUGACACUAGAGACCCAGAAUCCCUAACUCUCCUUGCAAACUUAAGGCCACCCCAUCUCUCCUGUCUGAACUGGAGCUCUGGGAGUCUGGGCCCAGAAAGCCCCUGACCAGCCUUUUGCCAUCAGUGCCCAUGGCCAGCCCCAUGCCCACUGGCUGGUGCUGGAGACAGUUGACAGCCCCUCCCCACGCCCAGGGCCCUCUGGUGUGGCUCCAGCCCCCCCACCCCCGGCCUUGUAUUUCUCACCCCCAACACGCUCUACUCUGGUUACCGUUGUUCCUGUGGUGGUUCUGGGAAUGUUGUUUUUUUUUUUUAUGAAAUAAAAUUUUUUAUUAUAAAUUUAA